AUGAGACUCCUCACCUACCUCCUCCUCACCAUCUACGCCACGACCGCCCUAUCCACCGAUAUCAGUGCCGAAGAAGAGUGCGGCUCCCUCGGAGUCAUGAAAAUCGACCCAGCCGAUCUCCCAGAAGGCGUCACCCCCGCGGAUGUGCGCAAGUGCGCAGAUCAUCCGCUGGGCCAUCUGCCUCACCCCGGUGCCGCUGCAGGUGGUGUGUUGCAGCGUAUUCUGCCGGGUUGGAUGUUUUGUGGGGGAUAUCUCAGCUUUAUCUUGCCUUGCUCUGGUUGUUGUUGGGGUAUGAAGGAUUAA